CGGCGCUGUGUUGCGACGGGACCAUGCCGCCGCGCCCUGCACCACCGAUCAACCGAUCUCAGGCGAUAUAAUCUCCGAGGGGAAUUGAUGAUCCACUCCGGCUCGACCAACCGUCGAAAUUGACCGGUCGAAGGCCGAUUACCGGAAACAGACGACCAAAAAUGUGACGCGAGGCGAACGCUCGACGCUCGGGGCUCGAACAGAGAAGACUGGACGAUUAUUGGAAGCGUGACAUUGGAUUCGCAGAAUCGACACCAUGAACUCCAGCGGCGAGUCAGGCGGCACAAUGACCGAGGACUACGAGGUAACAGGUUGCGGUCCACCAGAGGAGGAGACUGGCUCGAACUUGCCGGUCUGGGAAGCUGCAGCCGCCUCCCUGACCCUGGGUUUCCUCGUUCUGGCGACGGUGUUGGGAAACGCGUUGGUGAUCCUGAGCGUGUUCACCUACAGACCGCUGAGGAUCGUUCAGAACUUCUUCAUCGUCUCCCUGGCGGUGGCUGACCUCGCUGUGGCGAUCCUGGUGAUGCCUUUCAACGUGGCGUACCUCCUCCUGGGCAAGUGGAUCUUCGGGAUACACCUGUGCAAGCUGUGGCUGACCUGCGACGUGCUCUGCUGCACCGCCAGCAUUCUGAAUCUCUGCGCCAUAGCUCUGGAUCGCUACUGGGCCAUCACCGAUCCCAUCAAUUACGCGCAGAAACGCACACUGAAGAGAGUGUUGGCGACGAUAGCGGGCGUCUGGAUCCUCUCGGGUGCCAUCAGCUCGCCCCCGUUGGCUGGUUGGAACGACUGGCCCGAGGAACUGGAGCCUGGUACACCCUGCCAGCUGACCAGAAGGCAGGGCUACGUGAUCUACUCGUCCCUCGGUUCGUUCUUCAUACCCCUGUUGCUGAUGAGCCUAGUUUACCUGGAGAUUUUUCUCGCGACGAGGAGGAGGCUCCGCGAGAGGGCCAGGCAGAGCAGACUGGGGGCCGUGCAGUCCACCAGGCAUCGGGAGGCCGACGACGCGGAGGAGUCAGUCAGCUCCGAGACGAACCAUAACGAGAGAUCGACGCCACGCGUCCACGCGAAGCCAUCGCUGAUAGACGACGAGCCCACGGAGGUGACCAUCGGUGGGAACGCCACCACCUCCUCCAGGAGGCUGGCCAGCGGACAGGCGCCCGCCACUACGACCACCGUGUAUCAGUUCAUCGAAGAACGCCAGAGAAUAUCUCUGUCGAAGGAGAGACGGGCCGCGAGGACGCUGGGCGUUAUCAUGGGCGUCUUCGUCGUCUGUUGGCUACCGUUCUUCCUCAUGUACGUCAUCGUGCCAUUCUGCCCGGCCUGCUGUCCCUCCGAUCGAAUGGUCUACUUCAUCACGUGGCUCGGUUACGUGAACAGCGCCCUGAACCCGCUCAUCUACACGAUCUUCAACCUCGACUACAGGAGGGCCUUCAGAAGGCUGCUGCGCAUCCGCUGAAACACGACCGGUGGCCGUUUUGUUUAGAAACGACGAUGAAACACGGCUACCGGGUCACCAAG